AGAGAGAGAGGGAAGAGAGGAGAGAGAAGAAAACAAGGGCGAGCCAGCAGCUGCCUACAGUUCUGACAACUGAGAGGAGACGCGCUGAGCUGAGCUGAGCUGAGCGCAGGGGACCCCGGGCUCGGGGCUCCAUCAGCGCAAAGGGGCCUGGAGGUGCCCUGCGCCGCGGGUGCAGACUUCUCCCCGCGCCCAAGCAGCUAUGGGUUCUCUUCACCCCGCUGUCAUCUGUUUUUCGGCCCUUUUCUUGCCUCUAAUAUGGUGAAGAAGAGAGCAAAGUAACCCCGUGGGGCGAGGGGGUGGGGGAGCCAAGAGCGCUGGUGACCACACCACCCGCUCCCGCGACAGCGGCCACCCACGUCCAUCCACGCGGAGACAGACCGCGGCGCAGGCGGCGGGUCCCGGGCGCAGCAGAGCGCGGCGGAGGGCAGAGGAGAGGAGAGGAGAGGAGAGGAGAGAGGAGCGCGGACAGGCAGCCGGCUCUGGCGAGGAGUUAUGGAUGUUGAUGCAUUCACUUCUGGCCAGAUCCGCGCCCGGAGGCAACUAAGCAGCAGCCGCCGCCGCCACCUCCAGCUGUCUCCUCGCCUCGCACCAGGUCUUACCCUUCCAGCAUGUUCCUUCUGAUGAGACAGUUUCCAGCGCCCAGAGCUUCACUACAAUGUGGAAAUGGAUACUGACACAUUGUGCCUCAGCCUUUCCCCACCUGCCCGGCUGCUGCUGCUGCUGCUUCUUGUUGCUUUUCCUGGUGUCUUCAGUCCCUGUCACCUGCCAAGCGCUUGGUCCGGACAUGGUGUCACCAGAGGCCACCAACUCUUCCUCCUCCUCUUCGUCCUCCUCCUCCUCUCCUUCCAGUGCGGGGAGGCACGUACGGAGCUACAAUCAUCUCCAAGGAGAUGUGCGCUGGAGAAAGCUCUUCUCUUUCACCAAGUACUUUCUCAAGAUCGAGAAGAACGGCAAGGUCAGCGGUACCAAGAAAGAAAACUGUCCCUACAGUAUCCUGGAAAUAACAUCAGUGGAAAUUGGAGUCGUUGCUGUCAAAGCCAUUAACAGCAACUAUUACUUAGCCAUGAACAAGAAGGGGAAACUCUAUGGCUCAAAAGAAUUUAACAAUGACUGUAAGCUGAAAGAGAGGAUAGAGGAAAAUGGAUACAACACCUAUGCAUCCUUUAACUGGCAACACAAUGGCAGGCAGAUGUAUGUCGCACUAAAUGGAAAAGGAGCUCCCAGGAGAGGACAGAAAACAAGAAGGAAAAACACCUCAGCUCACUUUCUCCCAAUGGUGGUCCACUCCUAGAGGAAGGGAGGGAGUUGGUGGAACAACAGAACCAGAGGAUCCUGGGCCAGGAAUAGUUGACAUUCUUCAUGAAGACAUAUCACAGAGGUCUGAUCGUUUGAAAGGAAGGAAGCCUUUGGAGAUUUUAUUACUCACUGCUGAUAUAUAAUGUUCUUCUCAUUAGCUCUGUGUCCUGCCUUAUAACCAAAAUACAGGCAAAUGGAAUGGGUUGGAAGUUUUUCCCAUGCAAAUGACAU